AUGAGCGGCGUUAACUCCUCAGCAGGUAAUACUCUCAAGCCUCGAAUAGCAGGAAAUAUUCAUGGAGGAAUAAUUGCAUCGCAGCCCGAGCAAAUGGAGGAACAAAAUGCCACACCAGAGAUACCGUUCGUUUUCCAUCGUCUUACCAACGAAAGCGCUGCGGAGUGGAUCGAAUCAAUGAAGGAACGCCACACCACCGAGGGGACACCAGCCGUUCCUCACACUUCCGCUGAUCCACCAGCUACGGGAUUACUCGCUUCCAUGCACGCUCUCACAGCUGAGCGUGCGGCAUUCCACUUGCGUGUAGCGAAUAGCAUAGUUGAACACCCUCACUUGAUCCAGAAGCUCGGAGAAUAUCGGCGGACAGAUAAAAUCUCUGAUUAUCGUGCGUUUCAUGCCGCUCUCGUUAAUGUCCUCCCUGAGGCAACGAGACUGGUUGUGAAGGGCGGUACGCUGACAAACGUCUUGAGCAACACUUGUCAAGGUAAACAGCACCUCCAACCAGUGCUAGACGCACUCGCGUGGGGAGGUUCUUUCGAUAAGUUGAAGAAGUGUAAUCAAAGAACACACCAGAUGUCCCAUCAGCAUGACGCCUUCCUGAGACGAAAUGGAUUCAAGACGCCGCCGUCAGCCGCAAUGAAUAAACUUCGCAAUUCCCGGGAGAGGCUGAACAAUCUUAGGGAUCGAGUAAGGAAGGACGAGCUGAACUUGCUGAGCGGCCUUGGGCAAAUGAAUUUCAGCUUCAACCAAGCUUCGACUUCUGGCGAAACGUCGGGUUUUGGUAGCAGAGCUUCGACCUCUGGUCAAACGUCGGGUUCUGGUAGUAGUUCAAAGAACGGUGAGAUGGAAAUUACAGACAGACUUACCUCAAUGAACCUAGGCUCUGAUAAGAUACAAAACUCUGAUCAGGUUGCUGACUCGGAGCCUCCUGUGUCUAUCGGAGCUGACGGGAUAUCACCGGCGCGGCACCAGUUUCGUAAGUAUUGGUGA